AUGGAUGAAGCAGAGUUAGUCCGAAUACUUGACCAACUGGAUCCACCACUUAGUGACGAUGAAGAAAUCGUGGCACCAAGUAGUCGGCAUCCAUGUAGGAUAUACAGUGAUAGUGAAGCGAGUGAUACCGAACCAGAUCUUGAGAAAGCAUUGAACAAUUUCUGUGAAGUUACCGUGGCCAAUGACAGCCAACAUAAUCCUCACCCACAAUUUAUGGAAAUUGCUGGACCAAAACAUAUGCCACCAAGAAAUUCCACACUCAGACAGUAUUUUGAUUUAUUUUUUACCGAGGAAUUUUUGAACUCGUUGAGGACUGAAACAAAUCAAUAUGCCAGGCAGAAAUGGGCGUUACACGCAGACCAACACUUUUUAGUUAUUGGUCAACAAAUCAUAGGCACAUUUCAUGACAAUAACAAAUUAGCAGCACACGAUAGCCCAGAAUAUGAUCCUAAAGCAAAAUUUGGACCAGUCGUUACCCACGCAAAUAAUAAAUUCAAAUAUCACUAUUUGCCUCAUCAACAUCUAAGUAUUGACGAAUCUUUAGUUGAUACGAAAUGUAGAACGUCGUUGACACAAUAUCUGCCAAAUAAAAGGCAUCACAAAUGGGGCAUCAAAUUUUGGAUGCUGAGUGAUACAACUAAUCAUUAUUGUUUAUCAUUUUUUUGUUAUAGAGGAGCCACAAAUCCAACGAAUAAAGAUGAAAUAAGAACAAACGGUCUUGGCUAUGUCGCAGUACAUAAGUUAUUGAAUAUGGGCAAUUAUUUUAUGAAAGGGUUUCACGUGGCGGUCGACAAUUAUUUCAUAAGCAUGUUGUUAGCGAGAUCAUUAUUCGAAAAACAGACAUACCUGACUGGCACAAUCCGCAGUAACAGAAAAUAUUAUGUUGGAAUCCGGGUUGAGGAAUAA